AUGAUGAGAGAAAAACAUAAAGUGCUUGUGCAAUUUGCAAUCACUUUUGCUCUCACAAGAGGUAAUAUUUGUCCCCUCUUGGGCGGAAGUGUCGAUCCAGAGGCCUCUACAUCAAUCACCGAAGGAUGCCAGCAUGGAUUCCUUUCUAAUUUGGACGAGGAAGGCGCGGGAUUUCCUACAGGAGCGAGCGAUAGCUACAGCCUAGUCAGCUCAGGUUGGAGCGAGUCGGCGAACAAGUUUACAACCGAACAAAAAGUCCGGAUAUCGAAUCUUCCCUCUAACGCGGACAGUCUACCUGGUGCUCUGUCUGAUAACGAAACUACAGAAAGAGCCACCAUGGGGCAAGAAGAGGCAGAUCAGGAAAAUUUUGGAGCUGUUGGUUUUAAGAGCGGAGAAACACAAACGUCUGAUGAAGACAUUACCACGGAAAAUGCAAGCCGGAAACCCAGGAAAAAGAAGAAAAACAAGAAAAACAGGAAGGCAAAACAAGUCGUUUUUAAACAGGGUGAUGAGAACUCUCCGUCUCUCUUAGCGAAGAAUGCUGUUGAUGUGCAAAAAAGUCCGCCAUCCCAGCCUGAUCAGAAUUUUAAUCCUCCGUACAUGGCAAUCAAGAACAUCGACCAGAAAUUAGAUGAAGUGAAUCAAAAGGAGGACCACUGCAGGAGACUUGGGAACCUUUUUAGUGACUCUACUGAUGGCGAAUCAGAAGCUCCAACACGCUUGCCAAAAUUUUCUUCGAUCCCACAAACUGCUGAUACAGUUACUGGUUUCUCAGGUCUAGUCAAAUGUAUUCUUGAGGAGGAAAUAGAAAUAGAAGAAAAUAUGAAAGAGAAAGGACUCAAAAGAUUGAAGAUGGCUUUCCAACCCUAUCAAUCAGCCAACUCUGGCGAAAUAUAUCCAGGAGUUAUCAAGGGGAAAUGGAGUGAUGUGGUCCAUAAAUCACAACCUUCAUUACAGGAAAUCAUCAAGAUUUUGAAACAAAUUGAAAGUUCAAAAGAUGGGGUCUCCAAAGACAAACUGACUGGCUUGCUGAAUAAUAAAUGUUCGGAUUUUGCAUCCAAAAUCUUUGAAACUCAUCUGCAACUAUUUAAUAACCAGAAUCAUCUUCCCCUUCACAAAUUGAGCUAUGAGGAUUACAAUGGACUUAAAUUCGUGUGGAACUUAAAUCCAGAGCUGGUUUUAAUUGAGCUGGAAAAACGACAAACUUCUUGCAUUGGAAUUAGUAAAUCUGAACUACACAGGAGAAUCAUCACAUUUACAAACCAAGUAAUGCAAAAGACUAUUGUUGAGAAUUGGGGACUGAUCAAGAAUAGUUUUAUUGAAAGGAAGAAAUACAAGCCUAGUUUCCUGAACAAAUUUGAAAAGUAUUUCCGCCUACAACAAGAGUUUCCAAAAACAAUUCUUGCUUCGGAGGAGCAAUACUUGGAGGAGUAUCCAAAAGAUUUGAGAGCCAAGAACCCUUAUGAAACCACUGAAAAACUUCUUCAAUCAGUUUGGGAAUUGUCCCAAGAAGAAAACAAGAUGAUAUUGAUUCAUGGGACUCACCCAAAGUGA